CUGCCUGCAGAUUCCAGAGACAGGCUCGGCCUUUGAGGGGCUCACAUCUCACAGAGUCACUCAGGUGGGAGAUCUCUUAACAUCACCCGGUCCAACCUUUAAGGCUCCCCUCUGAGCAAAUUCGGGGAGAGGAAGAGGAGCUUGGUGAUGAGAGUCUGACUCAGGGUAAAUGAACAGAAGAGGAGUUUCUAAUUAACAGCAUCGUAUUGCCAAUGGUAUUUGCUUUUAAUUUGCUGGCAUAAAACACAGUGGAGGCCACUGAGGGAUACGGGACACUUCAGACACAGGACUAGGAAGUGCAGCAAGUCCCAGCAUGAGAUUUCUGCCCAUCUGAGCACUGAUUUGUGAACUUGCGAGCAAAACGUGGAUUUCUGCAAAAGACUUUCAGCUGCCUUUCUUCACUAAAACCUCGUCUGUCUCUGUGCAACUACUGAACCUCCCCUCUCAGUAAUGAGAAGGCUGUGAAGACCUCGGCAGUAGGGCCAGCUACUCGGGAUGAGAAGUGGCUUUGGAGAGCUGCACACGGCUGGAGCGAGCUGACGGGCUGGAUGCUCUGAGGGGGCUUUUCCUCAACGGAAACAGCUGCUGUUUGGGAUGAAACAUUGAAAAACAGACAGUUCUGUCCUCGCUUUGAAAGUUUCCUCUGGUAAUCCAGCUGCUUAUGUGAGCUGUGCCUCCUUUAUUCACAGUAGUCGCACCAGGGACAAGAAAACAGUCUGUAAGCUGUAGCAAGGUGUCCUAUCUAUCUGCUGUGUGACGUGUGCCAGAAACUGAGAAGAUCCUGCAGCUUUGUGAAAAAAAACAUCUUGGCAUUUUCUGUUCAUUAAGUACAACUGAUUCUUCAAUUUUCGUUGUAGUAAAAACGGGUAUGGGUUUCUGAGGAAAAGCACAUAUUAUCCAAAUAACUGAACUGCACCUACUUCCAGUUCUUUAAAUCUGAGUCUUUUUUUUUUUUAUCCUUUUUUUUGUUAGUGUUUGAAUCUGACAAAGAACUCUCGUGUUCCACUGACAUUUUAAAACAAAAUCAGAGUGCCUCACAUUGUGUCAGAAGAGCGUAAUUCUGAAGAGGUGCUUUUUUUCUUCCUUUGGUGAAUAACUCGGUGAAGACACAAGAAGACGCAUCCAUGUCACUACGCCGGUUUUUAAAGGAUGGGCAUGAAAGUCACUUUAGGAUCCUACCAAGAUUCGGCCAGCUCCUUCAUGGUAGAAGGCAGUCACGAAAUAACACACGCCAAAUAUGCUCUGAUGAAAUCAUGCAUCAGGAUAUCAUUCCCCUCUAUGCUGCGGAUAUUCAGGACCAGUUAAAGAAACAAUUUGCUUACCUGUCAGGUGGAAGAGGGGGAGAUGGAUGCCCUGUUAUCACCUUUCCAGACUACCCAGCUUUCAGCGAGAUCCCAGAGAAGGAGUUCCAGAAUGUCCUGACCUACCUCACCAGCAUCCCAAGUUUGCGAGAUGCUGGGAUUGGAUUUAUCCUUGUCAUAGACCGCAGACAGGACAAAUGGACCUCUGUGAAAGCUUCCAUACUGCGGAUAACAGCAUCUUUCCCAGGGAACUUGCAACUAGUCCUCGUUCUGCGCCCAACAGGAUUUUUUCAUCGAGCUCUCUCAGACAUUGCUUUCAAGUUCCACAAAGAUGAGUUUAAAAUGAAAGUACCUAUCAUAAUGCUGGGCUCAGUAUCAGAACUGCAGGGUUACAUUGAUAAAACACAAUUAACAGAAGAUCUUGGUGGCACCCUGGAUUACUGCCAUAACAGAUGGCUAUCCCGUCGCACUGCUAUAGAAGGUUUCGCCCAAAAGGUUAAGCAAACAGCUCAGAUUCUUCAGUCCUUUGGGACUGAGCUGGCUGAAACAGAACUACCAAACGAUGUGCAAUCAACCAGCUCCCUUCUUGCAACACACACAGAAAAGAAGGACAAAAUGAAGGAGGAUAUAAGGUUAGCAGUAGAACAGGGAGAUGAUGUCCUUGGAAGUAUUACAAAACCAGUUACUGAGAACCCUGAAUACAAACUGAAUCAAGACCAGCUAGACAAUCAAACUACAGUAGAAAGGCUUUUGGCUCAGUUACAUGAAACGGAGACUGCCUUUGAUGAGUUUUGGAUUAAGCACCAGCAAAAACUUGAGCAGUGUCUGUGCCUUCGGAAUUUUGAACAGAAUUUUAGAGAGGUUAAAGCAGCUUUGGAUGUUGUGUCCGAGAGACUGUCUGCUUUCACAGAUGUGGGAAACAGCUGUUCACAUGCGGAGCACAUUUUGAAAGAUCUUGUCAACUUUGAAGAAAAAUCAUGUGAAACCAUAGCAAAAGCCAGAAUGCUAGCUUCAGAAGGUGACACUUUCAUUCAAAGCAAUCACUAUGCUGUGGACUCCAUUAUUCCAAAAUGCAGUGAACUUCAUCAUCUCUGUGAUGCCUUCACUACUGAGAUGGAACGAAGGAGGAAUCUUCUUAACAAAUCUCUAGAACUGCAUAGCUUAUUAGAAAAGUCUAUGAAAUGGUGCGAUGAAGGAAUUUAUCUGCUGGCUUCACAGCCUGUAGAUAAGUGUCAGUCUCAGGAUGGUGCAGAAUCAGCGUUACAAGAGAUUGAGAAAUUCCUGGACACUGGUGCAGGCAAUAAAAUCAAGGAGUUGAAUAAAAUUUACAGAGAGUAUGCACAGAUCCUCAAUGAGGACCUAAAGGAGCAUGUGCAAAAGGUUUUCCAGAAGCAAGAAAGCAUGGAAGAAAUGUUUCAAAAGAGACAAGUAAGUCUUAAGAAACUGGCAGCUAAGCAGACACGUCCUGUUCAGCCAGUUGCACCAAGACCCGAAGCCUUUGUAAAAUCUCCUUGUACCUCUCCAGGUCUUCAAAGAGAUUAUGUAUCCAACUCAGAAAGCGGUGUGCUUCGGAAGGUAAACUACAGAAGAGGAAAGAGUGAAAUGACUGAACUCCAUCAAAGCAGAGGAGGAUCCACGAUGGAUGAUGAAGAAAACCUAGCUGUGCUACGGCAGCAUGUAAUUAAUGAACUUAUUGAAACUGAAAGAGCAUAUGUGGAUGAACUUCUCUGUGUUCUUGAGGGGUAUGCUGCAGAGAUGGACAACCCCUUAAUGGCUCACCUCAUUUCACCAGAACUCCAAAACAAGAAGGAUAUUUUGUUUGGGAACAUGGAAGAAAUUUAUCACUUUCACAACAGAAUAUUCUUGAGAGAACUAGAAAAUUAUGUAGAAUACCCAGAACUGGUAGGACGUUGCUUUCUGGAUCAGAUGGAAGACUUCCAGAUUUAUGAAAAAUACUGUCAAAAUAAACCUCGAUCUGAAAGUUUGUGGAGGCAGUUUUCAGAUUCUGUAUUCUUUCAGGAAUGUCAAAGGAAACUUGACCACAAGCUCAGUUUGGACUCAUACUUGCUGAAACCCGUUCAAAGAAUAACCAAAUACCAGUUAUUGCUAAAGGAAAUGCUGAAAUACAGUAAGAAUUGUGAAGGAGCUGAAGAUCUCCAGGAGGCAUUAACUUCUAUACUGGGUAUUCUCAAAGCAGUUAAUGAUUCUAUGCACCAGAUAGCCAUUACAGGCUAUGAUGGAAACCUGAACGAGCUGGGCAAGCUUUUAAUGCAGGGAUCCUUCAAUGUCUGGACUGAUCAUAAAAAGGGUCACUCAAAGGUGAAAGAUUUAGCACGCUUCAAGCCAAUGCAGCGACACCUGUUCCUCCAUGAGAAAGCAGUGCUGUUCUGUAAAAAGCGAGAAGAAAAUGGAGAGGGAUAUGAGAAGGCACCUUCUUAUAGCUACAAACACUCCUUAAAUAUGGCAGCUGUUGGAAUAACAGAAAAUGUCAAAGGCGAUGCAAAGAAAUUUGAAAUCUGGUAUAAUGCAAGGGAAGAAGUUUACAUCAUACAGGCACCAACUCCUGAAGUUAAAGCUACUUGGGUAAAUGAAAUAAGAAAAGUGCUGACGAGUCAACUGCAGGCAUGCAGAGAAGCUAGUCAGCACAGGACACUUGAACACACACAGAGUUUACCUCUACCAGCAUCAUCUUGUACAAGUCCCUCAAGGAACAACAUCAGAAACGCAAAAAAAAUGGAUGAGAGGAAAGCUGACCUCACAAGCCUAGAAGGUUAUGUGACCACAGUAGCACCAAAGUACCCCGAGAAAGGCAAAGAUGACACUAGCUCUACCUCAGAAUGCUCUGUACUGUCAAAAAAGCGCUUUACACUGCAGGGCUUUACUAACCUCAAAAGUCAGAAAGAAACUCCAUCUCCUACUGCUAAAAGCCAGACAUUGCCAAUGAUCCUUCUUACAGGACCAGCUUCUCCUACCAGUCCUGACAAAAAACCUAAACGGCAUGAAGUAGUGAGUGAUCCAACUCCUUUUGGUUUAAGAGGUUGGGCUAAAACGUCGCAUUCUCUUGACGCAUCUGAAGAAAAUGAUGGUUGGUCUAGUGCUGAAGAUCCACUGAAUUCAUCAGAUGCAGAGGAAGAAGGAGGAGGAGGAGGGGGAAACGAAAUGAAGCUGACUCCUGGUAAAUACACAGUUGUGACUGAUUAUGAAAGAGGAGUUUCUGAAGAAUUCACAGUGAAAAGCGGAGACCUAGUUCAACUGAUUCGUGAAGGCGAGGAUGGACUUUGGUAUGUGAAGAACCUGAGCACUGGUAGAGAAGGUUGGAUCCCAGCAAGCAACCUGCUGAUGCUCAUAGGCAAUUCAAAAUCGGCUCAAUCUUUGAGCAGCUCUGAAUCAGGCACUGCCUCCAGCACUUUGAGCACAUCAUCAAGUUGCAGUGACAGCUGCAACGCCAGCAGCACCAGCUUCUCGGACAUUAAGGGCUAAGAUCGAAUUUUCACCCCACCUCCAUGGAAGGUAAACUGGAGUUUGCCAUCUUGUGUGGAGUUCUGGACGUUGGACUCAAACGAAGGACCACCUGUUCUGUGUUGCUGGCUUUGAGUAUUUUCUGUGGUGAUUUUCAGAGAUUCUCACCGAAGAUCACAAGGAAAAGUCCACAGGAUGUGAAGCUGUAAAUAAAAACUAAGUGAUUUGAAAUAGGGUAUCAUAGAGGCUUCUGCUCUGAAUUCUGGAGCUGCAGAGGUGCUAGCAUAAAACAUUUUAUCCCACUGAUAUACAAUCAGGUUUCUGCAGAACUGUACUUUUCAUAACACCCAGAAUCUGAAAGUGAGCAAACAAAAUGUGUUCAGUGCUAAAUCCUUAUUGUAAACUAAUAACAUAGUAGUCACUGUACAGGAUAGGUAUGCCAAAAAUAAAUCAGAUUUUAAAAUUUCUCUCCCCCAAAAUACCCUUUCUCCAUGGAUGUACCUCAUUCAGUGCAGUGAAGGGGACUUUUACAGGAACGAGGAAGUAAGUUUGGUCCAGCCAUUUCUCUUCUCUUGGGUCGUCAGGAUACUCUUCUGUACCCUAGAGAUUGGGAUGCAGAGAUGACUUAUUCACUGACCACAACAGCAUCAAAAGAAAAUAUUAUUUGAUCCUUUCCAACCUUUUGAUAACAUGUGCAACAAAAUAGCUGUUCCCUCAGACAUUUUGGCUUCACAACCAAACUCUUCACCAAUUUCACUGUGUUUACAUAGCCUUGGCAAUUUAGUACUAUCUUUUUCCUAAUUUGGGUGCACAAUGACACAAACAUUCUUAUUCACUUGAUGAUUUCUUAUUAAACUAUAAUUGCACAGUUACCUUCGAUUUUAAUUAGCAUGCAGUUACAGGCAAAGGAAACUAUUGUGGCUUCCCUAUGGGUCAAGAGCCUUUCUCCAGAAAAACAUAAGAGGUCAAGAAGCCAGAUGUAGUUUUAGUCAAUGGAGUAUGUUGCAAAUUUAUUCAAAAAAAUUUUAAAAAAUGACACUUUUUUUCUGUAAAGGGGAGCACAAGGAGGGAAAAAAAAUCUUUAUUAGAGUCAGAUUUGUCCUGUGGUCAAAUAUUUUUAUUUUUUUUUUUUAAAGGAAGGAUAAUGCUAAACUUGCGAUUUUUCAAGGUAUGAUGUAAGCCAAUGUUAUAAACUUUUACCUUGUGAGAUGUUCUUUGCACUUCGUCCUUAUAAGCAGUACAAAAUUGUAUGCAUGUAUGGAAUAAUGUAUUCAUUCCUUUACAUAUUUAUAAUGUUUUUACUUAUAUGAAAAUAGGUUUUUACCCAAUUUGUAUGUCAUAUUUGUUAAAAAUACCAUGGAUGUUAAAAGCAUAAUUUUUCAGAAGCUCUAAGCAAAGCAAAUUGUGUCUAUGGGAAUUGCUGUUAAUUAUCCAACCCUCUGGCUGAGCCCUGAAGUCUAUCUUUAUGCCAGAAAUUUAGACUUCAGCGGCUGUAGCUUGGGAAACUUAAAGGAGAAACACUCGAAAGAAAGAUCUUGGUCCUCAGUUCCAAAAGCAACCCUGCCCCAGACAGAAUCAGAAACGUAGCUGACUGUGGUCAGUACAAAUUGAAACGUGUGUGUGUAUAUAUACACACACCCACACAUUUAUGCAGAUAUAUCUGUGCUGGUGUGUGUGUAUAUAUAUGUGUGUGUAGAUAUGUAUAUGUGUAGAUAUAAUGUAUCAAUGUAAAGGAUGUAUUUAUAGUCUUCAUGCUGCUGAAUGUGUCACUUUACAAUUCAUAAACACUUAGGUUUCUUGCAAUACUGCAAUAUAAAGGUGGGUCAGGGUUUUACUUCAGGCGUCUUUUCCAACACAGAAAUCCUCUGAUCUUUUUUUUUAAUUAUCCCACGUAAUACUGUGCAGACCAGGAAUAUUUAGUCUGGUAUUUAACAACGAAAUGGCGGCAUGAGAUUCAGCUUAUCUUCAUCUGUGUAAGUUAUUUUGUACAUUCUGUAACAUAAUUUACUUAUAUAUUGCUGUCAUCGCUAGGAUAAGACUGUCCUUUCAUUUCUCACUGCAGCCUCAUUUGUGUUAUUUCAAUGGUUUCCUCCACAUCAUUGCACUUUAAUACAACCCAUUUCACUGUUUCCCCCCCCCCCCUUUUUUUUUUACUGCUGUUGUGAUUUAGAGGUUCAAAGUCAGAGGUCUUUAUUGUAAUUAUGAAAAUUUGAAUAAAUUUCAGCACUUCUUGCUGAAUGCCUUUAUACAGA